AUGGCUGCAAUUAGAAAAAAGUUGGUUAUCGUUGGUGAUGGUGCCUGCGGUAAGACGUGCUUGCUGAUCGUCUUCAGCAAGGAUCAGUUCCCAGACGUGUAUGUUCCAACCGUUUUCGAAAACUACGUCGCUGACAUCGAGGUUGACGGCAAGCAGGUCGAGCUUGCACUUUGGGAUACUGCUGGACAAGAAGACUACGAUCGUCUUCGUCCACUUUCUUAUCCGGAUACUGAUGUUAUAUUGAUGUGCUUCUCGAUCGAUUCUCCAGAUUCGCUCGAGAACAUUCCAGAGAAGUGGACACCGGAGGUCAGGCAUUUCUGUCCGAAUGUGCCAAUCAUUUUGGUUGGAAACAAGAAGGAUUUGCGAAGCGACCCACAGACGGUCAGAGAAUUGGCCAAAAUGAAGCAGGAGCCAGUGAAGCCAGAACAAGGAAGAGCAAUUGCGGAACAGAUUGGCGCAUUUGCCUAUCUCGAGUGCUCCGCGAAGACAAAGGACGGAAUCAGAGAGGUUUUCGAGAAGGCCACUCAAGCUGCUCUACAACAAAAGAAGAAGAAGAAGAGCAAGUGCAUGAUUCUGUAA